AGAACGCCAUCUUUAAACCCCACAAGAGGCCAGCUACAGUUGUGCACCGGGGUGAAAAAAAAAUACACCGUCCCUGUAGCGGGAUAUUAGGUCAGAUCGCGGAGCUUGUGAGGAUUGUUUCCCGGUUAAGUGAAUAAUAAAGAACCGCCCGAUGGGACUGUGAGGAGACGGCCACGGGACACCACGAGAGCCUUAAAAUGUUGUCAUCGUAGGCAGACAACAACAAUAGACGGAAAGACAACAACAAGGGACCAGCUCGUUAGCAGCUGCGCUGUUUUCAGAUGCUAAAUGGGAGCUAGCUAGCUAGCGUUAGCUGCUGACAUUAGCAAAUCUGUCCGGUGGCGCUGAAAUUUCACCGGACCCGUUUCACAGCUGCCGCUAGGUAUCCAGCUAGGACCAGUUCGUCACCUCUUUGGCACUUUUUAAAAAGACACGUUCGCAGUGAAAUUGACGCCAUCGCUUUAGCUAGCUGAAGGCUACGUCCCGACUCCCACCCCCCAGCGGCCCGGCCGGAGAUGCGUGGAAGAUGUCGGUGUCGGGGCUGAAGGCCGAACUGAAGUUUUUGGAGUCUAUUUUUGAUCCAAACCACGAGCGGUUCAGAAUAAUAGACUGGAAGCCAGACGAACUGAGCUGCCAGUUUAAUGUAACUGGGGAAAAGCUGUUAAUAAUCCACUGUAACAUAACGGAGUCUUAUCCUUCUACGCCGCCAAUAUGGUUUGUGGACUCCGACGACCCGAGCUUAACGCAAGUUCUGGAGAGGUUGGACGAUGUUCGGAAAGGCAGCACCCUGCUUUUGCAGCAGUUGAAGAAACUAAUUUGUGACCUUUGUCGACUGUACAACCUCCCGCAACAUCCAGAUGUGGAGAUGCUGGACCAGCCCCUUCCUGCAGGUCCUGUGGGACAGGACCGGAAGCAUGGAACAGAGGAGGUCACGUCUGAGGAAGAAGAGGAGGAGGAGAUGGGAGAAGACAUAGAGGAUCUGGACCACUAUGAAAUGAAAGAGGAAGAACCUGUGGAUGGAAAGAAAUCCGAAGACGAUGGCAUCGAGAAGGAGAAUCUGGCAAUCCUGGAGAAGAUCCGAAAGAACCAGAGACAGGACCACUUGAAUGGAGCUGUGUCUGGUUCAGUGCAAGCAUCUGACCGCCUGAUGAAGGAGCUCAGAGAGAUUUACAGGUCUCAGAGUUACAAGACAGGCAUCUAUUCAGUCGAGCUUGUUAACGACAGCCUGUAUGAAUGGCACGUCAAACUAAGGACGGUGGAUCCAGACAGCCCUUUACACAGCGAUUUACAAGUCCUUAAGGAAAAGGAAGGAAUGGAUUACAUUUUACUAAACUUCUCAUAUAAAGAUAAUUUCCCCUUUGAUCCACCGUUCGUCCGUGUAGUUUCGCCUGUGCUUUCUGGAGGAUAUGUUCUUGGAGGAGGCGCCCUGUGCAUGGAACUUCUCACCAAACAGGGUUGGAGCAGUGCCUAUUCCAUUGAGUCUGUCAUCAUGCAGAUCAAUGCCACUUUAGUCAAAGGAAAAGCCAGAGUGCAGUUUGGAGCCAAUAAAAACCAGUACAAUCUUGCCAGAGCACAGCAGUCCUACAAAUCCCUGGUUCAGAUCCAUGAAAAGAACGGCUGGUACACACCCCCUAAGGAGGACGGCUAAUACAGACUAUCGCCUUUCCUGCACUUGGGACCACAUGUCUUAGAUUUUUUUUUUUCUUUUCCUUGCGACCAAUGUUGUUUUUAUCCUGCAAACUUUUUCGUUCUCUACAUGACAGUUUGAAAACUCCAAACCAAAUUCGUCAUCCAGUGACCACCCUGACCCCGCACACAAACACGGACUCACUGAGCCCCAUCCAAGCUCAUCGGCUCCUCGCAAGGGUGUCCACUCUUCAGAUAUUUAUCUCUGUGUGCAUCUGUUGCCUGAUGCAAUCAGAUUUUUUUUUUUUUUUUAAUUUUUCCAUUGCAACAUUCACUCCAGGACGUCGGUGGACUAAAUGUCGCUCAAACUCACCCUUUGGUUUUGGCGUUGAGCAUGCCAGGGUUACUGGUGGGCUGUGAUUUAAAAGGUGUGGCGUGGCUUCGUCCAGUGGCGGUCUGACGCCGAGCCGCCGGACGCUGCCUCUCUGGCCACAGACUGGAACUGAAACAUGACACAGUGGUCGCUGGGACGGACUUUUAAACAUGCUGGCGGUGGUAGGAACCGCUACCUUUUCUCUCCGUGGAUGGCCUCUGUAAUAUUGUGCUCAUGUAUUAUCUUUCUAAAGCCAAGGCCCCUCCCCCUCCCUCUCCCCCUUUGGAAUAACAUGCUUCUGAAGCUAGUUCGCUUUCAAACCCUCUUCUAAAAGCUUGAAGUUCUGAGGUGGGGAGGAAGUGAAAGAGACUUUCGCAGCUUGGGUGGGACUGCCCAUGAUGAAGAACAGAAUCCUACUGAGACCACCGUCGUCACCGCAACCAGCAGCUGGACCCAUCCCUGCAGGAGAGGUUUGGUGGGUGGCUAGUCUGGCAGCGUAAGAAACAUGAUCAGGCAAAGCAGGGGUGUGUUUGGAUUGGAUCACACUGUAAUGUAGUUGAUUUUAACUCCAUGUGUAAACAUGUAAAUUUGUAUUUCUGCAAAAGGAUUUAAUUGUUUAUAAUGUAACCUUGUCUGGGUCUUUGGCUGGGCAGAGACUGUAUUACUAUAUACCCUUGAAUAUUUACUGCAGGGGCACUGCAACUUAAACUCAAGACCCAUUUAGAAUAAGAAAAAGUUGCUUCGUGGAUGCUCUUGCAGAAGGAAACAAAAGUACACCGUGUUCUUAUGUAAGCUUAAUGACUACUGCGGUUUUGUUCUUUUUUUUUUUUUUUCUUUUUAAAUGUUGAUUUAUAAUCCCUAUGUUACAUUGACAGUACCAUUCCUGCAUUUCAUGGCACCUCUUAACUACAAUGGCCAUAAUAAUAAUGGCAUAAACACAUCUGCUUCUGGCAAGCCAGAGGUUUGGCUCUUCAUAUCUAAUCACUCAAACCAGAUGAACCUCAGUAAGGCUAUGCAGUGAAGACAUAGUCUUUUGGAGUUUUGUUGAUCUGAAGAAAAUUAGUCUUAACAGUGUAACUCACCCGUUUAGUUCUUGUAGCUGGUUCACAUCCUGACUACUUUACCAAUUUUGCAGCCGGGGGAAAAAAAAAAAAAAAAAGUGACCUUUACCUUUUCCUUGACCUCGUGGCGGAUUUAUUUUUAAAACGCAGCCAGAGUUACAAAUUCACAGCAAUAGUCUUGACCAUAUACCCUCUAGAGCUUCACACCUGGGAAGAUCUACUGGAGCCUGUCUCCGUUUUCCAGAAUAUUUGUUCAGGUUUGAUAAACAUUUGUCCAGAUUUGCCACAGGAAGGACCCAGCUCUUCCCGUUACCAACUCCUUUCUGGUUACUAUUCAUGACCACUCUCGGCGCUGCUGUACCCCUCAGCGUGCUGGGGCUUUGAUGUAAUGUGAAUAAUAUGCAGAAAACUGUGUGGAGCAUUCCAAUUAAUGCAGUUACACGUUUGUCGUGGGUGUUCUGUUGUGUGGUUACUUGCAUUGUUUUAAAUAUAUUGUCCAGAUAACCAGCGUAGAAAGCUUAGUUAUGCUAUUUCAUACAGUCAUUCCUCAUUUUUGAGUUGGACUAGGAUUCCCUCGGUGAUACUAACCUCAGUCACGACAGGUAGAGAUGGCGCCCGUUCAAGCACGUCUGACUUCAGUUCGGACCUGCAGGAUAUGACGAGUCACCCUCCUUCCUUGUUUCACCUCACGCAAAAUCUCAAACAUGAUUGCGGAUCAUUGGCAUGGUUGUUAGCUGUUGUUGUGAUGCGCAUUGGUAACGUACUAAUCACUUCAUUCUGGUCACAUUGUGCAUUCUCUGGAGAAGCAAACUCAGGAAUACAUACCGCACACUCAACUUUGCAAAGGAUCGCUUCAGAAUACGGACACGAAAUGCAGGAUUGAAUGUGUCAGUCUCCUUUCGGGCGCUUUCGCAACGCCGAAAGACAUUCGCAGUGUGUUCUGCCGUCGAGUUGCACACACACUUCCUCUUAACUCAUUGCGAUUGAGGCUGACGAUAACCAAGCAAGUUUUCUGGAAUGAUCAGAUGCGUGGAGCACAAUUUAGCUCCGGCCCUUUACGAGAGGUUCAGAACACAUCUACCCUGCCUCUUUGAUAUUGCUGUAUUUUGCAUGUCAGUGUAUCAGUGGGUAUUUUCCCCCCGAGCUAUAGAAAGACAAAGAAUGGCUGUCUUGGUCGGUUUGAGGAAAAAAAAAAAAAAAACAGACGAGUUGUAUCCAUUUUUCAUGACUUGUUUACUUGUGGUUACCUACUACAUCAGCGCACAGGAUAAUUCUGCCUGCGUGCUCUUAACUGAACCAGGUCGGAUACUAUUUGAGUCAUACGUGGACUUUCCAGACCUCCUACGUGCUUGGAUUACCCUAAAAGACGGCAGGAUUCCCAGCAAAAACAGCAGUUCAGAUUUGCGUGCCAUCAGAACAAUUCUAAUCCUACAUCUUUGAACCUCUGGAAUAAUGGUGUGUACUCCAAGUCGGUUAUGCCCAGGAUAACGGCUUCUCUCGCACCCACACACGUCUGACUAACAAGAACCUUCUCAGCUUUGAUAAGUGACAUAUUGGCGUGAGGACUGAAUUAGCCUGAUACUGGGUUCUUUACCUUGCUUCUUUAACAGCGGUGGCCGGGUUAUAAAGUUAUGCACUGUUAGCAUGCUUUGGUUUGGUUUCUUUUUUUUUUCCAUUGCAAGGGUGAUUUUGACCAUGUAAAGUAAUUUGUAAACUUGCAUCAAGUUUAUGAAUAAAUAAAUAAUGAAUAAAUAAUAAAGAAUUUUAUGAAAUA